CUCAUGCUUGUUUGAUCAAAUGACAAUACUCUCUAUCUAAUUUGAAGUCACACAUUCAAACUUUCCUGAGGGCAAAAACUAUUACGAGUAUAAAAAUAUAGAUCACUACAACUACAUUGUGAUGGAAAUAUGGAAUUUCAAAUUGUAUGACAAGAAAGCUACUACUAGGGGUAUAAUGGGAGCUGAGCACAACUCUUCAUCUGAACUAGAAAUGGCAGCGCGGGUAUUCUUGCGACAGCGAAUCUCUCCCCGCCGCCAAUCCUUCUCCGUUUCAUCCCUCUUUUCGUACACCUUUACCACCCAAUCCCGUAAUUCCAAUCACCGGCAGAAGGUGCACCAUUCUCUCUGCCGCCUGGGACUGCCAUUUUCUCUAGACUCCGCUCCACAACUUAAAGCGCCGUUCAGUGUUAUUUCCUCCGUCCGUUCAUUCUCCACUCGCUAUUCCGCCUCUGUAGCAGACUUCCCUCUCAAAGAUGACAACUUUCUGGCUGCCCAACCCUCUACAUGGUCUCUCAUUGACGGGGGCGUGCUUGAUAGCAAAAAUUUUGAAGAACUGUUUCUUCCGAUUGGCGGUUUAAUUUCGUUGCUCAAUGGCUACCAUGAUCUCACAGGGCUCCCUUGGUGGGUGAUCAUUGCUUCUGGGACACUAGCUAUGCGACUUACAAUAUUUCCAUUCAUAAUACUGCUAAUACACAAGAUUAGGACGAUUGGAGAGAUAUUACCCAAAUUGCCCCCUCCAUUGCCACAGAACAAGUUACGAAGGAGUUUGAAAGACCAGAUAAAAUUCUUUAUGAGAGAAAAACGUACCGCGGGAUGCCCUUCAUUUGUAUGGUUUAUUGCUGCUUUUAUCCAGGUGCCCUAUUUCCUGCUAUGGCUCACAACUAUAAGAAGAAUGUCACUUGAUUGUCAUGAUGGCUUUAAUUGUGGUGGAACUCUGUGGUUCCAGAAUUUGACAGAACUCCCAAAUGGUACUUUAGGCCCCAUAUUCCCUUUACUGGUUGCGGGCUUGUAUUUUGCUAAUAUUAAGGUUUCCUAUCGGAAUGCAUCCAUCGGGAAUAUGAGCGAAUUGGCCAAGUUCUACAAGUUAUAUCUGGAAAUUAUGAUGCUGCCAACAAUGUUCAUUGCAUUUUAUAUCCCCCAGGGGAGCUUAGUAUGUUGGGUUACAAAUAGCUCGUUGAGUCUUCUUCAGCAAAUAGCUUUAAACCAUCCGGCUGUAUGCAUGAGGUUGGGCCUACCUGGUCCGGUUGCUUCUGGAUUAAACACCGAACAGAAAGAUAACUCUGCAGUAGUGGAAAUAGACAUGUCAAGGGAGUUGUGUGAGAUACUUGCUCAGAAUCCAUCCCCUUCAGAAAUGGUUGGACUUUCAACCAAAUUCUUAGAAGAUGGUCAGAAAGAUGUUGCUCUUCCACUACUGCGACUAGCUCUUAACAAGGACCCCGAGCAGAUCACAGCUCUGGCUGUUCUAGGCCAGGCACUAUUGCACUAUGGCUACUUAACAGAAGCUACUGAAUACUUGGAGCGUGCUAUAUCUAAGCUGCUGCAAAAUGGGCAUCCGACGGGAGUUGAGGAUGUUAAUCUUUUGAUCCUCUCAUCUGUAUGGGCAGGUGUAGCUUAUGCCCGGCAGGGGAAAUUUGAUGAGGGUAUCAUACACCUACACAGAAUAACAAAGAUGAAAGAGCCACAAGAUUCAAACACAAAAGCUAACUACUAUGAGGCCUUGGUAGCAUUCUCAAGUGUAUUGUACGAAGAGGGCAGCAAAUAUGAAGCUAUCAAUUGCCUGCGCAAGGUGGUGGCCUAUGAUGAGUCAUAUAGGCGUUUCCUUGAAGACUGGGAAAAAGACGUGAGCGAGGAAGGCGAAUUCGUCAGGAACCUCGUCAACAGUCGGAGAGCUGACUACUAACACUCUUUACCACUGACUUAAAUAUUGUUUAAAAUAAUUAAAUAUUACGGAGUAUAAAAAUUUGAUAUUCCAAAACUGUAUUUUAAAUUAAUUCUAAUUUUACUAAAUUUACUUUAUAGCUAAAUAUACUUUUUUAUAAUUUACGGUUCAAGGGUGUCCUAGUUUAAUAAAAAAAAAUCAAAUUGUGGUAAUUUU